AUGGCUAAACCCCAAUACCACCAUCUAACCCCAACCCCCCAACAGGUGACCUACGAAUUCCCCGACAUCGCCUACAGAGAAAGCGAAGACUUCCAGAACAUAGCCGGCAAGAACCCUCCCAGCCAAGAACUAAUCAACACAAUCUACAAGAACUCCGCCUUUGCCAUCCGUUUCUAUGAAGAAAUCCAAGCCGUCAAAGGAACCACUUCAUCUCCGACUAAAUUCGUCAUCUCAGCCGCUCUCCAACCACCGAAAGACGCUUCUUCAGAUGCAGACUUCGAUGCGUGGUACCGCGAAGAACACCUUCCGGUUCUUUCCCGCGCACCAGGCUUUGUGCGCUCGCGCCGGUUUAAACUAGCCGCUGCGUCUACGCUGGAGGACUUCCAAUUUGGAGAUGCGAUGGAGACGGCGCCGAGGUAUUUGGCGCUGCAUGAGUUUAGUGGGGAGGUAUUGCCGUGGAAGGAGUUGGAAGAGAGUGGGCAGACGGAGUGGGCGAAGAAGGUUAUGGGGGGUUUGAUCAAGGAGGAGGUUGGGUUGUAUGAGGUUAAGAGGAUUUAUAGUGAGGAGGAGUGGGGGAGUGUUGGGAAAUAG